GUAAUUUCAAAGCUGAGCGCGACGGUUGUCGUUUGUCAAUGCGCAUCGCUUCAACGAACUCCGAUCUCGUCUCUCGCCCUCUCGCGCGCUCGUGCGAAUGUGAAACGUGCGCGGCAUCGAUUUGAAUUAACUCGCUAAGUCAUUUUAAAUGUAUCAGCACCAGUGUAAAUAGCGCCUAGUUAAUCAACAGCUAAAUACAUAAACACCGAAAAACCAAAUAGUAUAUACAAAAACAAAAACAAAAACGAAAAAAGUCAACGGCAUGUACGCGACGAAAAACGUGCGUCCACGCAGCAGCCUCUCCACAGACGACAAUCAUCGUAUCAAGGACACAAAUCGUGCACACAAGAAAUCGCCGAGCAACACGGUCCUCACUCUGGUCGCGUUCUGUGUGUUUCUUUUGGUGCUCUGCAGUUUUCUGCUCGGCGCUUUGGUUUAUGUCGGCAAAAAUAUUGCUGACGAGCAUCAGAAGCAGCAGGCGAGCGGGGGUACGCUGAGCGUAGUAAACGACACAAUACGCACCAUAUAUGUGGAUCGUGAUCAGUUAUUGUCCACGAAACCAAUUUUGAGCGUGCUCUCAGAUCUUCGCGCACAGACCACCCAAGUGCCCACCACGAAAAAGUCAAACGCCAUGGCCGCCAUAUCGCCUGAAAUACGUGCUGCCAGCCGGGUCCUGCAGAAACUUGGCUUCCGUUUGCCCAAAGCGAUAAAAGCACGAAAAUAUAAUUUGCACUUGAGGCCAGAUUUUAACUCCAAGAGCUAUACGGGCAACAUAAGCAUCAAUCUGCAGGUGCUGGACCCUAUCGCAUUUAUACCCGUGCACGUCAAACAGCUGAAUGUGAGCCACGAGCAACUGCAGCGUUUGGAUGAUUCGGGUGCUCCGCUGACGGAAAUCAAGCCAACGCUCACCUUUGCCUAUCCCGAAUACGAGUACUUUGUCAGCGAAUUCGCCCAGCCACUGGAAGUGGGCAACUAUACGUUGCAUCUGAAAUUUAAUGGCUCGUUAGUCGAUCGCAUAACGGGGCUGUACCAAAGUUCAUACUACAAUAAGCUGAAAAACCGCUCCAGAUGGAUUGCUAGUACGAAACUCGAGCCCACCUACGCCCGCCAAGCGUUCCCCUGCUUCGAUGAGCCGCAUCUGAAGGCGCAGUUUGCCAUAACAAUUGCCCGGCCCAGCGGCGAUGAUUACCAUGUGCUGUCCAAUAUGCCAGUUGCCAGCGAGUACAUUGACGGCGAUGUGACGGAGGUUACUUUCGAGGAGACGUUGCCCAUGAGCACCUACCUGGCCGCCUUUGUCAUCUCGGACUUUGCGCACACCACAACCACCGUGGGCGAAACCAAUAUCGAGCUGCGUGUGUUUGCACCACCUGCCCAGGUUAAUAAGACAGAAUACGCGCUGGAGAUCGGUGCCGGCAUUACGGCGCAUUAUAUAGAUUACUUUAACAUCUCGUAUCCGCUGCCCAAACUGGAUUUGGUUGCCAUACCCGACUUUGUAUCCGGUGCCAUGGAGAACUGGGGUCUAGUGACCUUCCGUGAAACGGCGCUGCUCUAUGAUGAGAGCACCAGCUCCAGCGUUAAUAAGCAACGCGUCGCUGUUGUGGUCGCCCAUGAGCUGGCGCAUCAAUGGUUUGGCAAUUUGGUUACCAUGAACUGGUGGAACGAUCUGUGGCUAAACGAAGGCUUCGCCUCAUUCAUUGAGUAUAAGGGAGUGCACCAUAUGCAUGCCGAUUGGGAUAUGGUGAAUCAAUUUGUGACUGAGGAGCUGCAUCCUGUGCUGAAGAUUGAUGCCACGCUCGCUUCGCAUGCCAUUGUCAAGUCCAUUGAGAGCCCUGCUGAAAUUACCGAGUACUUUGAUACCAUUACCUAUUCCAAAGGCGCCGCUUUGGUGCGCAUGCUCGAGAAUCUUGUUGGCGAAGCAAGACUGCAGAAUGCCACUACGCGCUAUUUGCGUCGUCACACUUACACCACGGCCACCACCGAUGACUAUUUGACGGCCAUUGAAGAGGAGGAGGGUCUCGACUAUGAAGUCAAGCAAAUCAUGCAAACAUGGACGGAACAGAUGGGUCUGCCCGUGGUUGAAGUUGUGAAGAAUGGCAAUGUUUACAAGCUAACCCAAAAGCGUUUCCUAGCCAAUCAGGAUGACUAUAGUGCUGAAGUCGAGCCAUCUUCCUUCAAUUAUCGCUGGUCUAUACCCAUUACCUACAUAACCAGCGAAGACAGCACGCCAAAGACCACAAUCUUUAACUAUAACGACAAUGAGCUUAGCAUCACGCUGCCCAGCACUGUCAGUUGGGUAAAGUUGAACAAAGAUCAGGUGGGCUACUAUCGUGUCAACUAUGCCGAGGAGCAAUGGACCGAAUUGGUGUCAGCUCUGAAGGCAUCACGUGAAACCUUUAGCACUGCGGAUCGUGCACAUUUGUUAAACGAUGCCAAUGCUUUGGCGGACGCGGCACAGCUGAAUUAUACCAUUGCGCUGGAGCUGAGCACAUAUUUGGAAAACGAACAGGACUAUGUGCCCUGGAGCGUGGGCACCGCAUCGCUGACAGCGCUCAAGAAUCGUGUGUACUAUACGAAUGCCUAUAAGGACUUUACGAAAUAUGCGCGCAAGCUGCUGACGCCCAUUGUGGAGAAGCUUACCUUUACCGUGGGCACGGAUCAUCUGGAAAAUAAACUGCGUAUCAAGGUGCUGAGCGCUGCCUGCGGUGUUGGAGACGAGAGUGCACUUGAGCAGGCUGCCACCUUGUUUAACCAGUGGUUGGCCAGCCCGGACACACGUCCCAAUCCCGAUGUUCGCGACGUUGUCUACUACUUCGGGCUACAACAGGUGAACACUGAGGCCGCCUGGGAUCAGGUCUGGCAGCUGUAUCUGACUGAGCCCGAUGCGCAGGAGAAGCUUAAGCUGAUGAACGCGCUGGCGGCUAUUAAGGUGCCCUGGCUGCUGCAGCGCUAUAUCAACUUGGCUUGGGACGAGAACAAUGUGCGCCGGCAGGACUACUUCACGCUGCUGGGCUACAUUUCCGCCAAUCCAGUGGGUCAGAGCCUCGUCUGGGACUAUGUGCGUGAAAACUGGGACAAGCUGGUGGAACGCUUUGGUAUCAAUGAGCGCACCUUGGGUCGCCUUAUUCCCACCAUUACCGCUCGCUUUGCCACGCAAACCAAGUUGGAGGAGAUGCAGCAGUUCUUUGCUAAAAAUCCUGAGGCCGGCGCUGGCACUGCUGCGCGUCAACAGGCACUGGAAACGGUCAAGGCCAACAUCAAAUGGCUGGAGCUUAACCAAGAGCAAGUGGGCAAAUGGUUGGCCAACUUUGCGGAGCAGUCGGCUGUGACAAAUCGCAUCAACUAAACUGUUGCUCAAAGGCAACCUGUAAAGUAUCCUUAAUGUAAAAAUUACCAAUUGAUUUUUGAAUAGUCAUAGCCUGCAAUUUGAGUGCAUUGCAAAUGUGAAUGAAGGAAUUGUGAAUACUAUUUUUGGAAUAAAAUACAAAUUGAAAAAAGAA